AUGAUACCACAGUGUGUAGUGUUUACUGUAAAGCAUAGGGGUGGCUCAGUUACAGUGUGGGGUUGUUUUUCUGGUCGUGGGACCGGACAUUUAGUAAAAAUUGAUGGUGUUAUGAAAAAAGAGCAAUAUAAAAAAAAUUCUUGCUCGUCCAUCCAUUUCCCUUCCCUGAGUUCAGAAAAAUUGGCCGUGGUUUUGUUAUCAGCAAGACAACAACCCAAAACACACUUCGAUACUCUGCUGCAGUUAUUUGGAACGAAAAGAAGCAGAUGGUAUCCUUGA